AUGCAAGCUCACCGUCCCAGGUUACAACCCUCGCCUAGCCCUCCGCCCGAACUCGGCCCCGUCUCGAAGUCAUUGCACGGUCGCCGCAGGGUUGGGCCUAUCCAAGGCGAUGCCGUUCUAGUAGCUCACCUUGGAAACGGCAGGCUACCAGACGUCGCCCACAAAGCUGCUCUGGAGCCUCUCGCCUCUGACAACGGGUCCGAAGACGAUUCAUCCUCCCCAACGUCUCCCGAUCGCGACAUGGCCAGGACAGCUGAGCCUUUCGAUCUCAAGAUCCUUGCGGCUGGCGCCUUAGCAUUCAGCGCGACCGACGCUCCUGCUACAGAUGCGAUCGCUGCUGCUGCGACAUCCAAACUCAACCAUUCACGCCCAGAAGAUAGUUCAAGAGCUCAACACGAUUCGAUACCUUCAGGGAUUGGAAGUCGCCAACUACCCAUCCGCGAUGAGCGCCCAGCUUUGGCUGCCCCCGCCGUAGUUUAUUCUGCGGGGGACCACCAUGCGCCACGCCGUUCCGUGCCCAGUCUAAGCAACGCCGAGAUCACGUCCCCAAUAAGCCCCUCACAAUCUGCGCCUAGCGGCCUGCCUCCCCUUCUGGAUUCACCUACUUCAGAUGGAAGUGGGCACGGCCCAUUGCCGUCUAUAAGGGCGCAACUUGGGGACUUCAAGGAUUUCAAGCGUUUAGCAGAGACUGCCAUGAGCCCGGAGAACGAGCUAGGACCCGUACGACACGCGGCUACAUUUCCAAGGUCGCCUCCGGCCAAUGUUCCUCGAUUGCCAUCGUUAGCCGGGCUUCCAAUCAGUCAGGCUUCGCCACCAAUCUCCCCCAAUGAAGGCUUUCGAAGAGAGCUCCCAUCACCCGCACAUAGCAUACCUUCUCUCAGCCCAUAUUACUAUUCGUCUUCCUCAGGCGGUGGUCGUCACCGGCCGAGUGCCGACUACAGUAGCGGGACAGCAGAAACCCCGAGCACGGACCAAACCGUUUCAACACCCGCCCACUCCGUAGCAGAACGCAUGAGCAUCGAUGGUCUUACAAAUCCUCAAGCUGGCUACGUCUGCACGUUCUCAGGGUGCAAUGCUGCGCCUUUUCAGACUCAGUAUCUACUCAAUUCGCACGCCAACGUGCACUCGUCGGCGCGGCCUCACUACUGCUCAGUCAAGGGUUGUCCUCGAAGCGAAGGCGGCAAGGGCUUCAAGAGAAAGAACGAAAUGAUAAGACACGGUCUUGUUCAUGAUUCCCCCGGAUACGUUUGUCCUUUUUGCCCGGACCGAGAACACAAAUAUCCUCGGCCAGACAACCUUCAGAGGUAA